CUGAUGAAAUUCAGAAGAAAUUUAACCAUGAGAAACCACACAAUGGUGAAAACGUUUAUUCUUUUAGGACUAACCGAUGAUCCAAACUGGCAAAUUAUAAUUUUCCUUUUACUAUUUCUAACACAUUUAUUGAGUGUCACUGGAAAUCUGACCAUUGUACUGCUCACGCUAUUAGAUUCCCAACUCAAAACACCCAUGUAUUUCUUCUUUCAGAAUUUUUCAUUUUUAGAAAUGUCAUUCACAUCCAACUGUAUCCCCAGGUACCUAUUCAGCAUAAUGGCUAAGGAUAAAAUGAUUUCCUAUGAUGCUUGUAUGACACAAUUGUUUUUUGCCAUUUUCCUGGGCGCAUCAGAGUUUUUCCUGUUGACCGCCAUGUCCUAUGAUCGCUAUGUGGCCAUCUGCAAACCCCUUCACUAUAUGACGAUCAUGAACAACAGAGUCUGUACCCAGCUGGUUGUUACCUCUUGGUUGGAUGGGUUGUUAGCAAUCUCUUCUGGGCUUAUCUUGUGCUUGAGGUUGGAAUUCUGUGAUGCCAACAUUAUUGACCACUUUGGCUGUGACUAUUCUCCUGUCCUGAAACUCUCCUGCUCAGACACACGGUCCAUAGAAUUGUUAGGUUUUAUCACAGCCAUUGUCAUACUGCUGAUUACACUGGCACUGGUGACACUCUCCUAUGCGUAUAUUCUGAGAACAAUUCUGAAGAUCCCUUCUGCCCAGCAGAGGAAGAAGGCUUUUUCCACCUGUUCCUCUCACAUGAUUGUUGUCUCUCUCUCUUAUGGCAGCUGCAUUUUUAUGUAUAUUAAACCUUCUGCAGUGGAAAGGGUAGCUUUAAACAAGGGGAUAGCAGUGCUCAACACUUCAAUUGCACCUCUCUUAAAUCUUUUUGUAUAUACCCUAAGAAAUAAGCAAGUAAAACAAGCCCUGAAAGACGUAAUUAAAAGAUGUAUCUUUAGUACUUAAGAACAGUAGCUUUGGCUUUUAUAAAAAAAGUGUAUUGAUAAUUACAGCCUAUAUCAGCUAUCUUGCUAUUUUAUCCCUUUAUUUUACUUUUAUAUUAUGAUAGUGACUGAUGCUCACGAAUAGCCAUUAUUAUUCAAACUAUUCAUAUUUUCAUCCUUUAAUGAUCUAACCGUACCCGUGAUGUUCUGCAUUGCUGAAAUCACUUCAUUCUUUACACUUAAUUCUC